UGACCAGUUGGAUUUAGACCAUGUCCUCCAGAAUCUGACAGAGGACGGGCGGUCUCUUCCACAAUAUGUGUCAGCUGAACCUGUGAAAACACAUGGAAAUAGCAACAAGGAGGAGUCCCAAGAGGACAUAAUGGACAAACUAGUAGCUUUCCUGAGGAGUCAAUCAUCUCAGCCUGUGAAAAGUCAAAACCCAAUAAGACAGAAAAAGGCUUGGAGCAAAUCAACAGAGCGUCAGCGGAGCCAGCAGGAAUGUCCUACUGUUUAUAUUGACCUGCGUAGCCCUGAUCCUUUAAUAAAACAACCAAAACCAUCACAAAAUCUUUCAUCGGGGUUUGAGUCACCAGCCAAGCACAAUACUCACCAAGAACCACCUGCAAAGAAUCUUAAAGUGCAAACUGGAUCACAAGUAGGGCGCAGGGACAUGACUGGCAAGAGUAUGUUGCUGCGGACAAUGAGGGAAUUAGAAAACAAUGGGAAUAUUCAUCAAAAUAUGUGUAAGGAUUCAUUGCAUUCACUUCAAAGUAAGGCAGCAGGACAACUGCACGAGAAUCUAAAGCCUCUCGAGUUCAACAUGAGCCGUGAGUCGCAAUAUCUCAAGGAAGAAAAACAACCGUCACAUACAGGCCCAGAAUUGGAUGGCAGAAAAACAAAUCAUGGCGGUAAAAUGAAAAAACAGAAGCACCAGAGUGACCAACAGGGACGACAAGUCGGGCAGACUUCACAACAUGAACACCACCACCUCAUUUUUAAGCAGCUGGAAAGACACCGUCCAACUACGUGUGUCAAUCAGAGGCAGCCAGCUGCUGAAAAGACUGAUACUCUUUAUCAUUCUGAAGCAUCUCAUCUACAGCAAGUCAGUACACUGCCAGCAGAUAUGAAAAGUAAGGUGUGUAUGAUACUGAUAGUCAACCUCUCCGGUCCUGGUAUGGUUGGAGAUGGAGGUCACCUGUAUCCAGCCGCAACCAAAUCACACAUCUACAACACUUUGGUGGCCUGGUUUCUGUCUCUGGUUGGCCCGAACUCAUGUCACGAUGACGAUGAUGCUGGUGCAAAGGUCCCAUUCUGGGUGGCGGGACUUCAGCAGCAGUGGACCGAGGAUGGACUGGCUUUGCAUGUCUUGGCUGUGACUCGCCACAGUUAUACACCGAAUAAAAAGCAGAGAGACGUCCACCCUCUUUUCUACACCCAGGUGUGCAGGUUCCUCUCUGAGACAACACUCCCUCUUGUUGCCUUCUGGCUGCCUCAGCUGCAAAUCCUGCUGGACCGAGAAUGCUACGCUUCAACCAUCCGUCUGCCCUCUUCCUGUUUAAACUCUUUUAUCUCCACCUCCUCUAAGAAAAAGCUUAUAGAUAAGACAUUUGGUCUAAGUCCAGGGUUCUACUGGCAGACAGUCGAAUCUCAAGAGAAUGUUUGUAAUGGGAGAGAUUCCAACCUGGAGCUGCACACAGAGGUAUCAGUGGCUCUUGGGUGCAUCUUCCUGGAUCCUCUCAUUACACACUACACCCUCCAGCUUGUUCUCAACUCUGGAUUGGAUGUGUGCGGUCUGCGGCUCCUUCAUUCAGCACAGAAGUUACAGAAUGACAGCGCUGGUGCUGAGCCAGUCCUCCAGAGCAUUGAUCCAGAGAUCUGCCAUCCUGCUCUUGCCCUGGCUGUUCGAGGCCCUCAUGCCCACUCAGUUUUCAGAGAUUUAACCAGGUCCUUAGAUGUUUUUCUGCCAAGGGAGUCCACUUCCGGAAGUCAGCAACGUCAUUUCCUGUCCUCCCCUCAACUAGCCAGUCAAGUCCACAGAGAGCUGUGCUUGUGGUUUUCAGGGAGACUUCCAGGAAAAAAAGCCCAGAAGCACAACCGGCCUCUGAACGGAAUCAUACCUGCACACAACAGAGACAAAGGCAGAAUGUCCAAUGCACCUUCCUUUCUGUGUGCAACAACCAAAGCUGACUUACUCCUCGUGGUGUCGCCGGUCGUGCCUCCGUGCUGCUACGGCCAAGUUCUGGCUGUGUGCGAGCGCAGAGGGUUCGGUCUUAUGGGGCUGCAAAGACUGCAGCUUCAGAGCCAUGGCGCUGAUGUGCUUGGACUCAGCAAUCAGCAGGCACUUGUUUUCUGCGGCCAACACAAUGUGAUCCUGGAUCAGAAGGAACAGGAGCGUCCCAACUCUCACUGCCUGCUGUUGAUCCUGAGGAAAGAAAAUGCAGUGCACCACGGUGUUAGUUUACCAGCAGCCCUAAUGAGAGAAGUUAAGGUGCUGGAUGGUGUUGACACAGUAGGAGCAGACUUGUGUUACCACACUGUGCCUUACAGCAGUGAGCUGUCCUGUAUCUCUGUUAAGCAUAUGUGGGCUUUGCCUGAUCCUUCCCGUGUGAUCCUGUCCUGUCACAAGUGUUCCUCCACCUCUGACACGGAGCAGGUGGUGAUGUUGUCCUUGUGUGGGAAGGACAUGAGCAAAGGCCUGAGCCUCCUACACAGAGUGCUGACAGCCAGGCCAAAAGGUUUCAAGCUGCUUAGCCUGAAGUUUCUGCCUGUGUUGACUCAACAUCAGGCUAAGGAGCUGACGCCAUACGAGGUAGGAGAGCGGCUAUGUGUAGACAGCGUGAACUUUCUGAUGUCCUCCCCCGUCCUUGUGUGCGCUCUGAGCCGGGUGGAGGCUUUUUCUUCUCUAAAGAAGCGCCUGCCUCACGAUUACCCCGGUAACCUCAGUGUACUGAUGUCAGCCACACCUGAAGUAGCUUCAAGACAAGCUUCUGUCUUCUUCCUUGAGCACGAGAUGACCCCUGACCAAAGCAAACAAUCACAGCUGAACGUUUCCCCCCAAAUCUGCAGUACCAAAGAUCCACAGAGGCAGCUCACUGUGUGCCUGUUCAAGCCCAGAAGCUGGUAUCACCUGGUGUCUGCAGCGGUCCACAUACUCCAUCUGAGUGGUCUCAGGGUGGUGGGCCUGCGUGUGUUCACACUGGAAAAAAGCACUGCUGCCUGUAUACUGCCUGCAGAAAGUGAUACAGCAGAUCUGGAGGCCCAGGUGGAGUACCUGUGCUCUGGCUCCUCAUUGGCUCUCUGUCUGGAGGGGGAGGAUGCUGUGAGGCGGCUGCUGGACGUGAUUGGCCACAUGGACUCAUCUCAUUGGAUGAUGUGCUCGGCCAUAGCUCAUUCAUAUAAUCCGAUCUAUGGCUCUGGAUCAUAUCAGAAAGCAGUUGAGGAUGUGAAGAAGCUUUUUCCAGGAGGGCUCUGCUGUGCCGAGAGCAGCACAAUGACACAGGAGAAGAUAUUCAGCUUGUGUUCAGACUCUGUGGCGUCUGUGGAGCGUGAACAGACAUCCACGCUGGCCCCUGUUGCCCGGGAGCAUCUUCCACUUUCCCUGGAAUCAGGACCGAAUAAAGGGUCCCUGGUACACAGAGCUUACUGGCAGACAACCUGUCUGCUGGUCCCCUUUGAUGCUCCACCCCUCAGCCACGAGUCUUCCCAGCUGGAGCUGCUGGGGCUGCUGCUGAGGUCAGGCUGCUAUCUGGUGGCAGGGAGGAUGAGUGUGCUGGAUAACAAGCAGAGGAAACACAUUACAGAGACCCUGCAAGUGUCAUCAAGAGGAAAUGAAAGAAUGGCUCAACUUAACAUGGCGCCCUGCCUCAUCCUGGCUCUGCAAGGGGAGAACGUCGCGACCCGACUGAACCUGCGCCUUGAAAACAGCAUUAACAAGGAGCGACCAGACCUGGAUAAAGUGGGCCAAAUGAUAAUAUACCCAGAGAAUGAGAAAGAGGCUGAGCAGCUGAUCUGCUACCUGUUUGACACCUUGUCUCCUGAGAGCUCUCAUCAUAUUGUGCCAAAAGGUUCAAACCGUUCAAGAAAAAGCAGCAUCCAUUAGCAUUUUCUUUAUGCCUGUAAUAAAAAA